ACAACUAGUUGUGUAACUCAAUGCAGCUCUUUUUGCCUAUCGGGUCACGCUAGAUUCUCUUUUCGAAAGUAUUAAACCUGCUGAGCUUCAUUCCAAUGCUUCGAACUGUCGCGUUGAGCUAGCCUAUAUCUCUGACUCACUACCGUAGGAGCGAUGCGAUUUUUCAACCCACGUAUUUCAGGCGAACCGGGUCGUGCAUAAGGGGGCGCCGCUCGACAGCUAAUCCCCGGGAAUCCUGAGUCAGUGGGAGAGCGUUCUCUUGAUCCUGUUUUACUGGGGAUCUCCAGCCUAUGGAGUCCCAGGAGGCACACAAAAGGAUUAUUUUUCUCUCUCUCUCUCUCUCGCAACCAACCGCAUUCAUCUUCAGCAUCAGAGCAAUGGACAGUUGCUGUACGACGGACAAUGAAGGUACUCUCUCCUUGCCGGUGUAAACGUAUUUUUUUUUAAAAAGGAGUGGAUUUAUUUAUUUUUUGACGUCUCACGGUACAUUCAUUUCUGUUCUAACGGGGGAAUGGAGUCAGCGGUUCAUUAACCGUUAUCAAUGAAGGCAGAACAAAGGCUGUGUUAUUCUAUGUGACUCCAAAAACAAAUGCAGACUAUGCUGGAAUCAGUGGUUACAGUGCGUUUCCUCUGCUUCCAGGACCACUCUAUUACAACGGGAAACCCGCAUAUCCUCUCGUUCCUCUUAUCUUUUUGCCAAUAUGCUGCCUCGUCUUCCUCCUGCUUCCUGCCGUUUGUGACAUGACAAUAAGGAGGAGAAAAACACACAGGGAAAAAAAAAGGAACUAUAGCCCGGACCCGAGUGACGAAUUCAAACUGAAACGAAAGACUGUAUCAAAAUUGACGCGCUCAGCAAGAACGACUAGUGCCAGUGCUGAAUUCUGCACAGCCUCUAUUUGCAAUCUUGUUGGGUUUUAAAAAAUAUAUUAUAUUAACCCUGGAAGGAUGGGUUGCAUUCAGAGUAUAACUUGUAAAUCAAGGAUACGGCGUGAGAAUAUAGUGGUGUAUGACGUUUCUGCUACGAUUGAUCAAUGCCCAACUCUAAUAGAAGAAAAUUCUCCCAUUGUUUUACGGUAUAAGACACCAUACUUCAAGGCAUCCGCCCGGGUGGUGAUGCCUCCCGUCCCCAGGAAUGAAACGUGGGUAGUUGGAUGGAUUCAAGCUUGUAACCAAAUGGAAUUUUUCAACACUUACAGCGACCUCGGAAUGUCUAGCUGGGAACUUCCUGAUUUGCGAGAAGGCAGGGUUAAAGCAAUUAGUGAUUCUGAUGGAGUGAGCUAUCCAUGGUAUGGGAAUACCACUGAAACGGUGACACUAGUCGGCCCCAUAAACAAGGCGUCUCGGUUCUCAGUCAGCAUGAAUGACAAUUUUUACCCGAGUGUGACAUGGGCGGUACCUGUGAGUGAGAGCAACGUGCCCCAACUAACGAGGAUUAAAAGAGACCAAAGUUUCACCACCUGGCUGGUAGCCAUGAACACAAUCAGUAAAGAGAAGAUCUUACUUCAGACAAUCAAAUGGAGAAUGCGUGUUGACAUAGAAGUGGACCCAUCGAACCCGUUGGGCUAUCGCGCUAAACUUGUUGGAAGGACACAGCAGGAACAGCCUCGGAUAUUAACCAGGAUGGAGCCCAUACCUCCAAAUGCCUUGGUGAAGCCCAACGCAAACGACGCCCAGGUUUUAAUGUGGAGACCCAAACGUGGUCUACCUCUAGUUGUCAUACCUCCCAAGUAGUAAUAGAGGCUUGCAGGUAUUUAAGGAACUCUUAUAAGGACGUGAAUUUUUAUACACCUCCUAUUUCAUUCAGCAGCAAGGAACGAGCAAGGUUGGAUUAUUUUUUGGAAUGUAGGUUAUGCACUUGUUUGAAGGAGGUGAAUGAAGCCUUUGGUUCAAAUGUACAUCACGGAUCUCGCGUGGCUGUUUACAAAAGUCAUUCGACUGUACAACCGCACUGGUAACACUUGAUUCUUUUUGUUUUUUUUUGAUGGCAAAGUUCUCAGUCCAGAUGAACUGGCCGUGGUGCUGAAAUGUGACGGGAAUAAGGUACCACUAUUUUAUAAUUGCCUGGGAGCUUGUGUUGCUCCACAGUGCAGGCUUCAGUCAGACGAUGCUUCCUACUCUUGUUAAAUUGUCUAAUUAUUCGACGGAUUAAUGGAUAACCUUUUUUUGCAUGCACCUCGUAUUAAGAAGAUGUAUGGUACGGAAUAUCCAUGUGCAUUCAGUUUUUGUGUGUUGUGAGUAAUUUCGAGCCUAAAUCACAAGUGUCGCAGUCAAUUGAAUGACUUUUUAUAUUAAAAUAGCAUUUAUUUGGAAUGUUUUUCAUGGGUCUGCAUUGCAACCUUAAGGGAACGAGGGGGACAAAAAGAAAACUCGUCCCAUUUGAUGCUCUGCAUUUAUUUUGCUGUCAUCGUUUUUCAAACUUUAGAUGCCAAAGUGGCUGGGACUUUAACGCAUUGUGCCAUAGGUUUCAGUGAUUUCAACCGAAGAUUUCUUUAGAAUACCCAUGCCUUUUAUCUCGACACAAAUAACGAUGCUCUUUGCAGAAAAUAGAACCAUUUUAUAUUAAUUUAACUUUUUUUUGGUUAAUGCACGUUGUCACAGCAAAGGAGAUAGUUGAUUGGUUAGGAUUUCUGCCAGAUAAUACAAUGGUUCUGACGGUUUUCCAAUUUAAUUCGGGCAGAAUGAGGGAUUUCAGCUUAAAUGCUGACCCAUGAGUGGACAAGGCCUUAGCUCUUCAACCAUUAGAUAUUUGUAUUUGAAUGUUAUUUGAUAUGGUUCCACUUAGCACCUUUGGCACUUUGAUUAAAUCGCAGUGCUCUGUUGAGAACUGCUAGGUCAGUUGCAGUAUAUUGUUUUUUGGUUGAUGCGGGGAAGUAUGAGUAAGAGGUGCUACGGCCUGUAACCAACCGGACUGGGCAAUGAGAAACAUUGAUAAGCAGGCGUAAGAAUGAACAUUUCCUAUGUGUAAUGUUUAUUCCCAAAGCGUAAAGCAAGGGCCUGGAUGAGCUCAUUGGCAAUUUUACAUAAUCAGCAUCUGUCACCUCGUCUGAUCCUGGCUUUGGUUAGGUCUCAAGCGAAUUGGAUACGCAAUUAAACAGAAUAAUAUUGAGGGCUAUGAAGAAAGAGCGUGAGUGGGACUAAUUGGUAGCUCUUUCAGAGAGCUGGCACAGACAUGAUGGGCUGAACGGCCUCCUUCUGUGCAGUAAGAUUCUAUGAUUCUAUCUCUGUGAUUGGUUCAGCAUGAAUCCAGAAAUCAAAACUAUUGUAUUUAAAAAAACACUUUAAUUUCCCAUCUGAAUAUGUACACAUUGUAUUUACCAUCUAAAUAUUAUACCAAUUGUGUUUUGUUAUUUAUAAGUCACACCAUUUUUAUAACAAGUUUUCUUUAAAACUGUGAAUUGAGUCCAUGAUGUUGAAGUCAAAUGCUAAAAAAAAAGGUAUUCAUCUGGAAAGACAUGAACUGAUUUGUUGUGUUGCUAAGAAGCUUGGCUUUGUAGCGUGCCUUAUAAACUAGUGAGAUCUGCCGCAUACCUGGCUCUCCCUGGAGCACAGAUGUUUGGCAGAUGUUUGGCUCACUAAUCUGUGAAUUGGAGGUCGAAAGGUGACAAGCUGUUGGUUGGUAGAUUGCAUGCAUUUUCUGUAACUGAGAGAUUGCACUUUGAUUUUGUUCAUUUAUACUGGAAUAUGAGAUGUCAUUUUCAUUGCUGGAAAACAAUGAAAUAAAAAUGCAAUUUUUUUUCUAA